AUGACGGACAGUAUGCUCUUCAAGACCACAGGCCCUAAUCAGCCUGUGGAUGUCCUUCUACUAGUAGAGAACUCUCAGGAGAUGUCGUAUAUCUGGGACGAUCUUAGGGAUCGUUACCUCGCGAGGUUGAUGGACAGACUGAAGGCGGCAACAGAGACGAGCGCGAAUCCCGUUAAUGUAUGGGUUCUCGAGAGCCAACCUCUCCAGGCAAGUGCAACCACACUACCUCGGCAAUACCACGAUCCCCACCACGCCUUGCGCGAGGUCUGCCUCAAUUACAUGCCUGAAAACCGGAUCUCGUCCACAAAGGUCGAUUCAGCCAUCGAUUUUCUAGCGAGCUUGACAAAUGCCCAUGCACAUGAAGUCCCUGCGCUUCACCUCAUUGUGGUAGCGGUAUCGACCUUGAUCGAUAACACGGAGACGAGCGCUAUCAUAGGGAUGGGUGGUGCAGCCGAGCUCUCAACUUGGGGAUAUCUGGCCAAAAGGCUAUCUCAGGCCAACAUUUAUUUCCACACCGUUACUCGGUCGAAAGAGGAUAUGACGGCCCUGACCACCAUGUUUGACGAGACCCUUCGUCUUCACCGUGGCAUUGAAGACGUUGCUUCCUUCCCUGUCCAAUCCGAGGUCAAACUCCGUUUGUCCAUGGCACCAAUGGCCCCUACCGAUAAUUUCCAAGGCUAUAGUCAAGUUAAUCCGCCGCCACGUCCAACGCGUAUCAUGAUGCCUCCUCGGCGAAACACCUUUCCUUUCGACGCCUGUUAUACCGAGCAAUACUAUGACGAGCAGCAGCAAGUAUCCCGCCCUCCUGACAUGGACACCUCCCCUAGCCUCGUCACUCAACUGCAACAGGUCCACGGUUUGACCAAGAAAAAGGUUUAUGGGGCGAAACCACAAAGGAAACCUUUCUUCAAGGACGAGCGGGUCGAACGUCCCGACGGACGCACGUAUCACCACGCCGCAACCGCGCUGCAUACUGCACCUCCUGCGUACCUCCCUGACGGCGUGGCCCAGCAGCAUGCCUCUCUCUCAUCAGCCGGUGGUCGCAUGCCAUCCCUGUCCAAGGUCCAUCGUUUAAGCCGUAUCCAGUCCAGUCCCGCCGAUGUACAACCGCGACGGUACCUUGGAUGGGCAGGUCGAGAAUCGCGGUUAUCAUCUCCAGAACCCGUGGAGCCCUUGGGCUCGCCUUCGUCUGCCACAGGCUACAGCGAUGUAUCACCGACUGCGUCAUCAUAUAUCUCAUCCGACGUCUCUUCUCCGGUGUCCCCAGCUUCGGUGGAGGAUUACUACAGUGCCGGUCAAUCAGGUAUCGCACAUGUACCUGGGAUCGUCAAUGGCGGUCACUCGGAUCCAUCUUGGUUGCAGUCGGGAUAUUCUGCACCGUACGCCAGCCCAAGUCAUGUUAUGCCACCUAUCCAGCAGGGCUACUUUGCACCCCAACCCGCAUCCUCGAUUCCGAUCUACCCAGAGGUGCCGAUCCAGAUGUAUAGCCCUGGCUACCCUGGCGUCCUUACUCCUGGGCACGAGAUGUCGCUUUCGGAUGGCAUCCCGGUCCCGGUUGAGCCGUCCAAAAGCCCAUCUUCCAUGCCUUUACUCAGUCCCGGCAUUAACACCGUUUCUCAACCAUCCGUACCCGCGACCAAACCCAACGCUGUCAUUUCCGAAGCGAUCACCCCAGCUGCCCCACCGCCACCAGCCGCUGAAGCAUCCACUAAGAAGUCGCGCCAUAAACCAGAAGACGACGAAUACAUCGAACUAGACCCAAAGUACAUCGAGGCCACUACUAAUCUCUUUAACGAGCUCUUCCCGAACGCUGGACGCCUUCCAGAAACCUCGCCUUCAGGCACCAAACCGGCUCUAAACGGCACCAUCAACUCUUCGAGUGGUUCCUCCAGUCCCAAAGACGUACGAACCUGUCCUCCCGGCUCGAGAGUGUCCAAUGGUUCGACCACACCCCCUUCUAUCGCGUCCGGUCCUCCUGGCCCCACGCCGACGAAGCUCGCGACAUCGUCCACUGUGACAUCUUCGUCAAUGUCUGCUUCGGCAACUUCUUCGUCCGGCUCCACUGUGGAUAAGACCUACUCAUCCACGGCCUCUCAUGGAUUUCAGCAGCCGUACACCACCACCACUUCCUCUUCAGUCUACCCAGUUGCGUCGGGAGUUACCCCAGGGUCACUCGUUCCUGUCGCAGCGGAUCCUCAAUCCGUGAUGCAGGCCAUCCCUGUCACAAACCCCUAUCACGGCGGCUCCGUGUAUCCUCCCGCUCGAGGAACCUCUUCAUUGACCGGUUGGGCUGGUUAA